CACCCAACAGGCUGCUUGUGAUUUGAGGGAACACGGGACGAAAUUGUGUUCAAAACAAAUGUCUUUUAAAACUAUGAGGAGGAGAAACGGCAUUAACGCUGGCAGGAGAAGCUCAACAAUAAGGAGACGCAGUGAGAACUUGCGCUUUGAUGAAUUCGGCUUCGCUCUUACUAAACGAAAGGACCAGAAACUCCAUCACCGAUGUCAUGAUUACAGCUUCCCCCAGCUGAGCUCAGUGAGGGUGAAGGAGCUGGGUGAGCUGCUCAGCUACUGGAAUGGAGCCAGCUUCAUCUGCAAGAGCCAAAUCGAGCGCUUCAUCCGUAUGGGUAUUCCUCCAAGUCUGCGUGGCAGAGUGUGGAAGUGUCUCCUCGCCACCGACGGUCUGAGAGAAACCAGUGACUUCAGCUAUCGGAAGUGUCUGCUAGAGGUGCGAGUGCCCUUGGUGGACUUGGGAGUCAGCGAGUACGGCAUCCUAUCGGCAAUCGCCACACUCAGCGACACCCAAAACCACCUGGGUUUGAACCAUGGGCAGCCCUCCAGCUCCCCCGAGGCCCGAUACUCUGUGGACGACAUCACGCUCUUCAGACAGAUCGCCCUCGACCUACAACGUUCCUUCCCGACCCACCGCUCUCUGAUGGGGCACUGCCCAGAAGCCAUUGAGGGCCAGGCUAAACUCUUCCGGGUCCUCAUCGCUUACGCCAAAUACAGCCCGCAGGUUGGAUACAGCCAAGGGAUGUCCUACUUAGCUGCGGUGCUGCUGAUGCAGUUGGGGGAGGAGGAGGCGUUUUGGGCUCUGACCGCCUUGCUGGAUAAACCCAAAUAUCUAACCGAACUGUUUGAUCUCAGCCUCACAAAGAUCCAGCAUCAGGCGAAGGUGUUUGACCAGUUCUUGAAACACAGGAAACCACAGCUCUCUCAGCACCUGGAGUCGGUGGGAGUCUCUUCAGUCCACUUUGUGAUGCCAUGGUUCCUCACUCUCUUCACUUCCCUGCCCUGCUGGGACUCUGUCCUGGCUGUCUGGGAUCUCAUCAUUCUGCACGGCCUGACGGCUGUGUUCCGUACCGCGCUGAUCAUCGUCGAGCUCCUGGAGCCUCAACUGAUAGACCUGAAUGACGAGGGAGCGGUGUUAUCGCUGCUGUUGAGAGUGCCUAUUGAUGUGUGA